AAAGUACUUAUAUAUAAUCCAUAUAAUGUCGGGUGUUUGGAUGUUCAGAAACGGCGUGGUUCGUCUAGUGGAGAGCCCGGGGAUAGAUUCAAACCAAGGAUCAAUGCAAAGGAGGAAAGUUUUGGUUCAUAUUUCCACGGAUGAAGUGAUCACUUCAUACUCGGUUCUGGAGAAGAAGUUAAUCUCUCUCGGAUGGGAGCGAUAUUACGAUGACCCAGACCUAUUCCAAUUCCAUAAGAGUUCUACUAUCCACCUCAUUUCUCUUCCCAAAGACUUUGCCCGCUUUAAGUCUAUGCACAUGUUCGACAUCGUUGUCAAGAAUAAGAAUGUGUUCGAAGUUAGAGAUAUCAUUAUGUAA